GAAGAGCAGGGUAAAAGAGGGAGCCACUUGUUCACAAGGAGUUUAGAGUACUUGGCACUAUUUACCUCAGUAGCCAUGGGGUCUCUAACUGGACCCUCGUGUCUGCUUCUGUUUUUCAUGGUGACCCUCCAGACCCCGUACCUCACCCACGCGAAUAGGAUAAUCACAGAGAAAACAGGCCGCGCUGAUUCAUCUGAGAGCGGGCUUGGGUUGAAGGAGCAUUUUCUGAUUGUUACACAGCACAAUAGGCUGCGCAGCUGGGUCACCCCCAUGGCCGCUAACAUGCAAAAAAUGGACUGGAGUGAGAAGCUGGUUCUACUUGCCCAGGAGAGGGCGGAGUCUUGCCACACAGACCCCUCUCCUCAGGACCAACAGCUCCGCCACAUUGGCUGGAACACCCAUCACUCAGCCCAUGCCACAACUUCAUUUGCUGAGGUCAUUGACUCAUGGUUCGAGGAAGGGAGGGACUUCAUGUACUUGAGUGGGCAAUGCAGAGAGAAUGCUACCUGCCAACACUACACACAGUUGGUGUGGGCCACCUCCAGUAAUGUGGGCUGUGCCAGACAGUUGUGUCUGAGGGGUGAUGCUCUCUGGGAGCUGUUUGUCUGUGCAUACUCCCCUGGGGGUAACUGGGAGGUGAAUGGGAGGUUGGUGGUGCCCUAUGUGGCUGGUUUCUCCUGUUCUCUCUGCACCUCUUCCAUGUCAGGCUGCUUCAGACUGUGGGACCAUGUGGGAGGAAUGUGUGAGACCCCCAGAAACCCAUGUCGUAUGAGCUGUGGGCAGCAUGGUCGUCUGAACAUCUCCUCCUGCCAGUGUCAUUGUGGACCUAGGUUCACUGGACGAUUCUGUCAGGUGCGCUGCAGUGUGAAGUGUGUGCACGGCCGCUACAAGGAUGAGGAGUGCUCCUGCAAGUGUGAUAUUGGUUAUAGGGGCGCUGAGUGUGCAGGAGCGAGGGGGGAUUCUGGCCCAGAUCCACAACCAGAAGGUUCAGGACAUCCUUACAUUUUACCUCAGCCAGCUGGAGACCAGCAACGAGGUCACAGACUUCGACUUUGAGACACGCAACUUCUGGAUCGGGCUGACAUAUAAACCGCCGAAGGACUCUUUCCGCUGGGACUCAGGAGAAAUCCCCACAUACAGCAGCUUCGCAUUUGGACAGCCUGACAACCAGGGCUUUGGGAACUGUGUGGAGCUGCAGGCAUCCAGCGCCUUUAACUGGAAUGACCAGCGCUGUAAAACACGCAACCGAUACAUCUGCCAGUACGCUCCAGAGCACAUUGCCCUGUGGGAGGUUGGCCGGAGAUGAAUUCGGCACUCGAGGGUGGAGAGCACAGCAUUGAAGGGGUUGGGGAGGUGGGUCGUUUGGGCUGUUCGUUGGACCCGGUCUGGGUGUGUGUCAAGCAGAAGCUGCUCUUAUUGGUCUUAUUUCAUCCAGUAUUUUUCACUCCAACCCUUGUUGCACAUAUCCCCUGUUGCCGGUCAGGACUGGGCCUGUCUAACCAGUGCAGGAAAAAAGCACACAAUGGGAGAACUUCCAAAGCAACAUAGAGUUUGAGCUCAACUGUAAAUGGUCCAUGGCAGCACAAAUCUGUGUUUUGUACUAUACUGUUUUUUGUAUUGCAUAUUCUUUUCACAGAGCUAAAUUAUGAUUCAUUUGUGAUGUUUGCCAUAUCUGCCUCCCUGCAUUGUCAGUUGGAAUGUACAAUUCUCCCCAAUGCACUGAAUGUACAGUGCCAUGACAACCACUAUUUUUGCUUUCUCAGUCAUCCAGUAAGUGAAUUAAAACGGUUUGCUACAA